CAAUCGCCGCAAGUGCAUUUUUGCCAAUUAAUUUUGAUCAAGACAAAAACAUGAUUGCAGCACAAAAAUCAUUUAAAUUUAGGCCUUAGCCGAGGCAACAUAUCCCAAAUUCUAUAUACAACGCUGCGAUUGUCUGCAUGUGGUGCAAAGAAGAAGAAAAUUUUUUCAAUAGUUUUACAUCAUCGGUGAAAUUUUUUGAAAAAGAUGAAGAAAAUCUAUAAUUUAAAGGGAAAUACAAGAAAAAAUCCAUUAAAAAUUGAAUAAAAUCUUAUAAAAAGCAAGCUGUCUAGAAAAUGAUUUCGUUAUUUCGUGUUCCCUUAUGUUUUUUAUUAUUUAUAUCGGUCAAGGCCAAACCAAAUUUUAAUGUUGGCAUAAUUUUGGAGUCCCCCAAGGAUGAAUUGGAAAUUGCCUUUCGCUCUGCCAUUGAUAGGUCGAAUAUCAAUGAGCGUAGCUUUGAAUUGGAACCUGUGGUGGUCUAUGCCAGUGCCGAAGAUAGUUUUACAAUGGAAAAAGCCGCUUGUAAUCUGAUAUCUCAAAAUGUUAUAGCCAUAUUUGGACCCAUGCAAGGAAGCGGCUCUGACAUAGUGGCCUCAAUAUGUCACACCCUGGAUAUACCACAUAUCACCUUUGAUUGGUCACCCAGCGAAGCCCUAGAUGAAAAACCCCAACGAAGCAUGUCCUUAAAUUUACAUCCAUAUAAUGUGCUUUUCUCACGUGGUCUGGCGGAGACGGUACAAAGUUUUGGUUGGCGUUCCUUUACACUCGUUUAUGAAGGUGAAAAAGAAUUACAACAACUUCAGGACAUUUUACAAAUCGGUGAGCCCACCAGUAAUCCUACCACAGUUAUGCAAUUACCCGAAGAUCCAGAUUAUCGUCCUUUUUUAAAAGGCAUCAAGACCUCAAGCGAUAACUGUAUGAUUUUACACUGUUCACUGGACAAGGUGAUGAGUGUUUUGAGGCAAGCCAAUGAAUUGAAUAUGUUGGGAGAAUAUCAGAGCAUUUUUAUACCCACUUUGGAUACGCACACCCUGGACUUGCAAGAAAUGUACACAGUUGGUUCCAACAUCACUACCAUUCGAUUAAUGGAUCCCACCGAUUUUCAGUUGAAAAAUUUAGUACGUGACUGGGAAGAGAUAGAGAAGCGUGCUGGCAAUUUUUAUCGAGUCGAUCCAACACAAAUAAAGACCCAUAUGGUCUUAGUCAGCGAUGCUGUAUGGCUGUUUGUCAAAGGUCUGGCUGAGUUAGAGAUAGUUGAAGAGCUGAAUGCUCCAGAGAUAACAUGUCGCAGAAAUCGUCCUUGGCCUCAGGGGCGUAAAAUAUUGGAAUUCAUAAAAGCGCGUUCUGACGAAGCCUUUACGGGUCGCAUUGACUUCAAUCAGUAUGGUGAAAGAAACUUUUUCACUUUACGCUGUCUGGAAAUAACACCAACAGGUUUACUGGAUUUAUCCAGUUGGGAUCCGGUGAAUGGAUUUACCCCCCUAGGGGCAGAUGAUGACAGUGAUAAGCGUGUAGGAGCCAAAUUACAAAAUAAGACGUUUAUAAUCACAUCACGUUUGGGAGCACCAUUUCUAAUGAUGAGGCAACCCGAAAAUAAUGAAAUAUUGGAAGGCAAUGCACGCUAUGAAGGCUAUUCUAUGGACCUAAUCGAUGCCAUUGCCAGACUUUUAAAUUUCAAAUAUGAAUUUCGUUUGGCUCCCGAUGGUCGUUAUGGCAGUUUCAAUAAGAAAACCCAAACAUGGGAUGGUCUUGUCAAACAGCUACUUGAUGGAAAUGCUGAUUUAGGCAUUUGUGAUCUAACCAUGACUUCAUCUCGUCGUAAAGCAGUGGAUUUCACACCACCCUUCAUGACUUUGGGCAUAAGCAUUUUGUUUAUGAAACCUGAAGUUCAACCGCCCAAUCUCUUUUCAUUUCUUUUGCCAUUUUCCAAAGAUGUCUGGGUCUAUAUGGCCACUGGAUAUUUGGGAGUAUCAUUGUUACUUUUCGUGUUGGCUCGCAUGGCCCCAGAGGAUUGGGAGAAUCCCCAUCCCUGCAAAGAACCCGAGGAAUAUGAAAAUCUGUGGACCAUAACCAAUACGACAUGGUUGACCAUGGGCUCUAUAAUGGGUCAAGGAUGUGAUAUAUUGCCAAAAGCAUCCUCCACACGCUUGGUUACUGGUAUUUGGUGGUUCUUUGCCUUGAUGAUGUUAAACUCCUAUACCGCCAAUUUGGCAGCUUUCUUAACCAUGUCUCGCAUGGGUUCGUCCAUCAAAAGUGCUGAGGAUUUGGCAGCUCAGAAUAAGAUCAAAUAUGGUGCGGUAACCGGUGGCAGUACUAUGAAUUUUUUCAGAGAAUCAAAUUUCACCACAUAUCAACGCAUGUGGGCUGCCAUGGAAUCCGAUAUGUCUGUCUUCACCAAAAGCAAUGAUGAAGGAGUUGAGCGUGUACUCAAGGGCAAGCGUUUGUACGCCUAUCUAAUGGAGUCUACAUCGUUGGAGUAUAUAGUGGAAAGAAAUUGUGAAUUAACUCAAAUCGGUGGAUGGUUGGAUUACAAGACCUAUGGCAUAGCAAUGCCAUUCAAUUCCCCCUAUCGUAAGCAGAUCAGCGGUGCCGUACUGAAACUAGGCGAAGCUGGUACCUUAACCGAGCUAAAGCGAAAAUGGUGGAUGGAAAUGCAUGGUGGCGGUAAAUGUGCCAAGGGUGAGGCGGCCUCUAGUGAUACUGCCGAGCUGGAUAUAGAAAGUGUGGGUGGUGUUUUCUUGGUUUUGGGAAUGGGUUUAGUAUGUGCCUAUUCCAUAGGGCUAGUGGAGUUUUUGUGGAAUGUCAAGUCAGUGGCGGUAGAUGAAAAGCUCUCUCUAAAGGAAGCUCUCAAAGUGGAAACUCUGUUUGCCCUGAAAUUUUGGAUAGCCACCAAGCCAGUGCAUGCCAGUUCAGCCGAUUCUGACACUUCCAAGUCAUCUUCAUCCUCCUCCUCAUCUUCGUCAUCGUCAUCUUCAUCUUCUAAAUCGGGAGGACUUUCUAUCUCACAAAGCAUGAAAUCCAUAAAAAGCUCCAUACCCGAGACAGUGCGUUCCUCGGUACAUGAAAAAUUGAAGAAAAUUGGUUCAAUAUUUUCCAUGAAAUCCAUAAAAUCGGAUAAAAUUGAUAAGGAACUAGAAGAGGCACAAAAUCAACAAAUUAUACACAUAUCUCCACCACCUCCUACGCCUAGACCUUUAAAGACUAUGCAUACUUUGGAGGUACCCAAAGUCGAUAAGGCAGUGCAAAUCAAAAUGAAAAAGGAAAAAGUCAAGCAACCGGAAGAACCAGAAUCAGAAGAGCCAAGAGAAGAAGAGGAGCCACAUCAACAUCAGCAUCACCGACACCAUCAUCAUCACCAUCAUAACCAUCCAGCUGUGGAACAAGACGAUGAGCCUGGCGAUCCUGAGAGCCAAGAGGAACCAAAGGAAAAUAAAACUCAUCAUCAUCGCCAUCGCAAGGAUCGUAAGCGUGAUAGCAAAAUAAGCUCGAAAAGUCAUUUGAAUGUUUAAACGACAAAAGCAGCAGAAGUUACAAUAAUUCAAUUGGUUUUCGUCCAAUCACAGAAGUUUCUCAAGAACCUCGUAUUCUAACCCAAAGAUAGAUCAAUUAAACAUUUUACAAUAAAAAUAACUUGAUUUUA